AUGGGGAAGCCGGCGUUGUUACUCAUUGGGGAUCUCGCGCACGCGCAGAAGGAAUGGUCCGAGUUUGCAAGCUUUGGAGAGCUGAAGGAAUUUUCUGGAUCAAAAACCCGAGCAGAUUUCGUCAAGGAAUUAGAGAGCGGGCGUUUUAACGAUGUUGUCGCGUUGUACAGAAGCAACGAUUCCACGAAGAUCACAGGAGAAUUCGACCAAGAGCUCGUCUCCAAACUCCCGCCAUCUCUGAAAUACAUCUGUCACAACGGAGCAGGGUACGAUAAUAUUGACAUCGAUGCAUGCACCGCCAAAGGCAUCCAAGUAUCAUCCACCCCCGUCGCCGUCAACUCGGCCACAGCUGACAUCGCCAUCUUCCUGAUGCUCGGUGCCCUCCGCCGGAUCCACUUGCCCUACAGCGCCGUCCGCUCCUCCAACUGGCGCGGGUCCGCCUUCCAACUCGGCCACGACCCCGAGAAGAAAGUCCUCGGUAUCCUCGGCAUGGGUGGAAUCGGCCGCGAGGUUGCGGCUCGUGGCCGCGCCUUCGGCAUGACGAUCCACUACCACAACCGUACCCAGCUCUCUCCCGAAUUGGAGCAAGGUGCUAAAUACGUGAGUUUCGAGGAGCUGCUCAGGACGAGCGAUGUGCUCAGCCUGAACUGCAGUCUGAGAAAGGAGACGGUGAGGAUCAUUGGGAAGAAGGAGUUUGCGUUGAUGAAGAAGGGUGUCGUGCUUGUGAACACGGCGAGGGGGAAGCUGAUUGACGAGAAUGCGCUGGUUGAGGCGCUUGCGGAGGGGAAGGUGUUCAGUGCGGGCUUGGACGUCUACGAGGAGGAGCCGAGGAUCCAUGAAGGGCUCCUGAACAACCCGAAUGUCGUUUUGCUGCCGCAUAUCGGGACUGCGACGAUGGAGACGCAGAGAGACAUGGAACUUUUGGUCCUGGAGAACAUCGAGACGGCCGUCAAGAAGGGAAAGCUCGUUACCCAAGUAUCGGAGCAAGUGCAAGCGAAUAAGUCGAGGAUGUAG